AGAACCAAACUUCUCAAGUUCAAACGGCUCAUAAAAACAUAGCGCCACCGAAAUUCAAAAUACAAACCCCGCCAAACGAAUCCUACAUUCGCACCAUGUUCUUCACUCCAUCUUUCUAACUCGUUCUUCAAACCCUAGAAUUCGAAACUCUCUCUCUCUCUCUCUACACCGAUCUCCAUGGAAAUUCAAAUCGAAUAAGAAUUAGAUUUUCUAGGCCAAAAUUGAGGGAAUGGAUAUAGAAAUGAUAUCGGUGGCCCGGUGGUCCAAAGGCAGCCAAGUGUAUUUCCUCACACACCUUCACGCCGAUCACACAAAUGGCUUGUCUUCAACCUGGAAACGAGGCCCUCUCUUUUGCUCUCGCAUCACCGCCAAGCUCUUCUCCUCUAAGUUCCCCGGUUUCAAGCUCUCUCUGCUUCGAAUUUUACAUAUCGGUCAAUGGAAUUCAAUCCCUUUGGUCUCUCCAACCACUGAAUCGAACACUACCGUCGAUGUCAUCACCAUCGAUGCUCAUCACUGUCCAGGCGCAGUCAUAUACUUGUUUCGUGGUGAGUUUGGGUGCAUGCUUUAUACAGGGGAUUUUCGUUGGGAAACAACUAGUAAGAGGGCAGAGAUUGGAAGGAGCAUGCUUCUUAGUGCUCUUGGGAAUGAUAAAGUUGACAUUCUUUACUUGGACAAUACUUAUUGUAAUCCAUCAUAUUCUUUUCCUUCUCGAGAAGUUGCUGCUCGACAGGUGCAUGUUUACUUCUCUUGUGGAAGUUUUGUAGUUAAAUUUAUGUAGUAGAAUUAAACUACUACCCUGAUUACUAUUGGAAGCUCCUAACUUAUUUGUUAAGAUUUAUUUUUUAACCAAAAUUUUAGUAAGGCUCAUAUUAACUAGUUUUGUCUAACAUGUUUUUGAUGUGAGAAUCUCUAAAUAAUUCCUAAUGUCGUUUGUUAUUGUUAAAUAAAGUAAAAAAAUAUCCAAGGUGAAGGAGAGAGCCAAGGGAAGCCCUAGAAGAGGAGAUAGAAAAUGGUAUUGGAGAGAGCUUUGAGCUUAUGUUGCAGAGAAGUGUUGAUUUGUCUUAUAUGCAUGACAUCUCCUUUUAUAGGGAGUUUAGGUUGUUGAGGUCAAUUGAGGGAGGAUAGGUGGCCUGGUCCCCUUGGUGCGACAAUUGGGGAUCUCUUGCCCUAAGAUGCUUGUCUUGGGAUCUCUUGACAAGGGAUCCCGUGACAUGGGGGAUCUAUGUCCCUCAACCUUCUUUAGCCAAUAGUGCAGGGUAGUUCCUCACCUUAGUAU